AUCCGAACGACCUCUCUCAGGUGGAGGAGGAACGACCGAAGGCGUCGUGCUCAAGCCAGCGUCUACACCGUCGCCAGUUUUAAGUCUUCAACUACUCUAUCGCUACUUCGUACAUCUACCAGGGGGCGCUAGCUGAAUUGUCCUCCUCCAGCCGAGUCAUGGAUCAUCCAAUCGGUCUUGUCCGUGAUAAUCCGUUCGUCAAGAAUGAUCUCUGCAUGAGAGCACGAUCGCUGCCGAAUUCGCUAUCUCGCCGUCCCGCUGCAUUGCCAAAAGUUCCAUCUUCGAACACCACCCUCAGCGGUGCGCCACCGGCACUGCGGACACUGCGACCCGUGGACCAGAAAAAAGACUUGGGGAAAUCAAGCUCGACUGCAGGAGCUAUGGACGACAAUCAUGACACCUCAUCCUUGGGAUCAGGAUCAGAACUCGAAUAUGGUCCUGGUAUCGUAGAAAGGCUCAAAGCCAAAUUCCAUCGCUUGUCUGGACUUGCAAGCCGUGAUGCCAAGGUCUCUCCGCAUGCAACUGGUAAAAGAUGCCCUUCAGUUGAUGACAUCCUUUCCACAGCUGAAGAAGAGCCGCUUCUGCGAAGAACUAACACGGCUAUGAGCGGACGGUCAUCGGCAUCAUUGUCACCUCUUUCGAAACGUCAAUCGCAUUCUACGGGUGAUAUGCUGGAUGCGGUCGAUGAUCAUCGCACAUUCGUGGUACACAGAACUAUCAAUCUUGAGUCAGAAGAAUUCCCUGAUAAAUCAAUCAGUGCUCUUCGUAGGAAAUUCGAAAUCAAUGUUCAGCGACGACCGUCUCAAAAUUUGAGGCAUGUAAAGAACCUUGCCAUUUCCACCUAUGAGAGUCGUUCUCUUCCCACAAGUGUAGAUUUUUCACAUCGUUCAUCGGCUAUGCCAAUGAAAAGAGACAUUACAUCACCGCUGGAACUGCGUAUGGUGGAAACCUCCCGGAAGUCUGUAACUUCACCAACAACGGACCUGAGCCGUCCCUUCAACAUCUUUAUACCGGAAGAAGAUGGAGUGGAAAAGGAUAGGAUGUUGCCGUUAGUUGGGUCAGAGAGAUACAUGUCCCCUGUCGUACCUCUGACAGCGUCAGCCCCGAAAAUGGACCUAACACACCACGACUAUCAGAAACCAUUCCGUGUGCUCGAGGUACUGAACCAGGCUACUGUCAUCAAAAGGCACGAUAAGACUGAAGAACCUGAGUUUGUGAGGAUUGGCCGCCGUAUACGGAAGAACUCUGCUAACUGGGAAGAUUUCGAGCAAAUCCGCAGUCCUUCGCGAGAGCGUGGGCCUACUCUUAGGGUAGAGAAGGGCGCAAAGCCACUUCCAGAAUUUUCUCACAGCAGUCGAAAAGUCCCAUUCGUACGUCGACGUGCGGAAGUUCCGAAUCUGACCCGUCAAGCGAGCAUAGUCACAGACGAUUUCUAUGAAACCUCUCGUCCUAGCAUCAGCUCACUAACUCACUCAUCAGCUCGCUCUUUGGAUAUGAUGUCACCGCCUGAUCCAGACUCGGCACGACAGAGAAGCACAGACGACGUCAGCUCCAAGCCAACCGUUUUCAUACGUACUGAUGACCUUCCUCCCGCGAUGGAUGCUAGUCCUCCACCCGAGGAACCACGACCUCCUCAGCAUCAGGAAUCGAUUGACGCUGAUCACGAAUACAUCCUCAGAGGUCGCACUCCAGAAGUACGUUCCCCGUCGCUGCCGCCGUUUUCAUCACCACCAGUAAUCCCUCGCAACAUGGAUGACACUGGAGUGACGGAAAUGCAGCGACUAUUGACAAGAUUUCGCAAAGAAAGAGAUGAACGUCAUUUGGGAAAAAUAGUGGAGCCUCUCGAAAAUGAUUCCUUUUCGGAACAACAACGUAAGCCGCUGCAAGAGCGCCCUCCAGUACACACGGUAGUGGGUGUUCGACCGUCGCUUCCUCCGGCAAAUCGACCGCUUUUCGUGCAUCGAGCUGUGAAUCUAAGCCGACCAAAUGUCGUGAACAUAUCAGUCAAAGGAGACACACCUACAUUACUUGCGAAAAGAUACGAUGAUGACGACAGUGUAGAUGUAUCACCGUCUGUACCUUCGACGAUAAAGACACCUUCGACAUCACCGACUUCAUGGACGGCACCAGUUCAACAGGAGGCACCUAGAAAGAGUCUCUCAGCAAAGUAUAUAGAGGAGAAAUCGAAAACUCCAAGCCCUAUCACUAGGCAAAAUUUCGACACUGCACAUCAUCAAGCUAUGACGCAUUACCCGCAUUUCGCGAAAUCUCCUGAACUUCUCGGCGAACGCGUCUCUCGCCCAACGCUGAAGAACAAUGAAGAAUCUUCUUCCGACAACGACGAUGAAGAACAUCAUCCCCUUAGUGGAUUGCCACCUGAUCUUGAUACGGUGAUAAUUGCUGGUGAUGGCAACCCUGUUCGUCAUUCCUUGUUAAGUUUGGUGAUGGAAGAAGACAUACCAGCUUUGAUGGAGGCUAUGAGCGAAAAAUACACUUGUGAAUUCGAGGACCUCGAUGAGUCUCGUCCAUCCACUUCAUCUAUAUUGCACGCUCCAGAGACUAGAAAAGAACGUAGGAAGGCUAGGCAGGUAUCUUCCAUAAGAUUCGAAGAGACAAAGCCCAAGGUUUACACUUACCUAGAUGAGGGAUCCGCCAUAGACAAGAACAAAUGGGAGGAGGGUGUUCAUGUGGACUACGAAACUUACCAAAACAUCAUUGCUUCCGAGGUAGAGGAGUAUAAGAAAAGCGUUGCUGAACUACAGAAAUGGAAGGAGAAUAUCGCUGCUCAAGCAGCAGAAGUCGGAUUAACACAUGAUGAUGACAGUCUCCAAGUCAAUGGUGUUACUUCUCGUUUUGACUUUUCGCCGAUUCACAAUGACAAUAGCACCAUCUGUCUAACAUCUGGUGAUCUCAUAACUUCCUUCUGAACACGACUGCUCAUCGAAAUUGAUAGUUUCUGCCUUCAAAUGUGUGGCGAUGACAGCAGCUCAUACAUUUUCCUUUCAUAUGCUGGGGUUUUGGAUGGAUUUGUAGAGUGUAAGAGCGCUGCACUGACUAACGCUUUCAUCAUAGGUAACUAAAUUUUAAGAAGGAUUGUUCUGAGAAUUCAGAUAAUUUCUUCAUGUGCUUGGAG